GCUAGCUCCCGCCGGCCCAGUAAGCUCGGCCGGUGGCGGCAGGAUCCGCGAAGGCGUACCCGGCGGCUUCUGCGCCUCCCCUCCUCGGCGGGCGCCAGAGGGGGCGCUUCACCCUCCUCGCGAGACAGCGGAGACCCCGGUGGCGGCGGCUGCGACCCCUGUGACGUAGAACGCUCAUCACCAAAGGCAGUUUGGGGGCGGAGAGAAGGCGAGACCAACCUCCCCAGCCCGCGCUGCAAAACACGGAUCGUCCACCCCCGCGCUCGGGGCGCAUGCGCCGACAGCGGGCGCACGCAGAAGGCGGGGCCUGCGGCACGGACACCAGACCCUGCCCUGCCCCCACCGCGUGGGGGCACAGCACCAAGUGGGCAAUCACAGCCAAGCGGGCCGAAAAGCUCCCGCAGGAUCAGCGGGGGCUCACCAACUUCAACAGGUUGUUAGAAUCCUCUACGGUAUCACAAGAACCGGACUGAGCUCCGAGAGCACCCAGGUCCUUCGACUAUUCAGCUGGGAUGAACACCAGGCAUCUCUUUGACCCCGCCAUAACUCCCUCGGACCUGCUUUCCUCUUUCCACUCUCGGAAAUCUACUCUAAAAAUGUUAUCUGACACAUCUGCGCCCAGAGCCGAGCAGCCCAGCCUCUGCUGGUCCAGGCUUCCACUCUGCACACCGCCAGCAUCCUCAGGGUGAACUGCUAGUUCGCCUGCCAAGCUGUCUCUCUCGGGACUUAAGUAUUUCAAACUUGCUGCAGUCCCAAGCAUUCCAUAAACGGCCCGUCAACACAAGUUGGCCGGCAGAUCCACCAUUUGGGUAACGUGUGCAACAAAAUUAAAAAUAUUUCCAGCGAUCAGCGAUAAUAUUCUAUUUGUUCUUGGCGGGCUAGGCCCGGGUCACGUGACGCUCUGCAACUCCGGGCGGAAGCCCGCGGGAGCGCGCAGAAUCCCGCUGAAAAAUGGCUGCUGCAUCGGGGUGUACCGCGCCCGCGAGCGGGCUGUAGGGCCCGCGCCACCCCGUCCCCGCUGCUCCCUUACCAUGAGGCCGGUGAGUCGCCGAAACCUGGACUGGACUUACUCCUUGUUGCUACUUGCAAUCGUCUUGCUCUCUUGGGGAUUCGUCAUCUAUGCAUCAACUGUAGCUGCACGACGACAGCUACAGAAGGAGUUUCCAGACAAGUUCUUCUGAAUGAAUUUUCGUAAUUCUAAGCAAAGUUAUUUUCCUCAUACGGCACCUAUGUAGACUCAAAAGUAAAAUUUACAAUACAAA